UGUGCCCAUUCGACACGUGUGUUUGUUUACUUCUAUGUUGUACGCAAAUAAGACCCGUUAUUAUGUAGUUACUGGCGAAGCGGACUUUAUGGAACGAGAGAACCUCAAGUGACCCAAAGUAGAUAUAAAAACGACGAGGUCGUGCUUGAUACUGCUUGUGAUAGUGAAUUUCAACCUGGCUGGCAGAUUUUGCCUUAUAGCUUCUCUACCACAUUUCAUUUUGGCUCAACUUGAACAAAGAUUGUAUGACCUAUCAUCUGCGAUCCAUGUACAAGGACACACUUGCAAAUCUUGAGCGACAAAUCUACGCGUUUGAAGGAAGCUAUCUGGAGGACACGCAGUUGUACGGAAAUAUUAUCAGAGGAUGGGAUAGAUAUCUAGCGCCAAACAAGAACACAAACAGCAAAGCGGACAAGCGGAAUCGGAAAUUCAAGGAAGCUGAGCGCUUAUUUUCCAAGUCGUCAAUCACAUCUAUGUCUGCUGUAAGUGGCAUUAUUGAAAAGGAUGACAAAGACCGAGUAAGCGAAUCUGAGUCUCAGCAUGUCGCGAGCGGCAGUGAAGAGAACGGGCAGGGUCCAACAGGAAUGGGAUCAACGCCAGUCGGAGGGGCGCCCUCUAGCAGUAGUAGCAGCAGCAGUUCCUCCACGUUAAAUGGUGGACAUUCCCCUCCUCCUCAUCCAAAAAUGCCCAAAGUAACCUCCUCAGCACAGGCACACAGAGGAGGCAUAAAAAAGUCAGCUAAAAAGUUUCGUAGAGUAAUCGACGACUGAUAAAGGGUCCAUAUCUCUGACUUCGGGAUAAAAAGCUGCUGUGUGCCGAACGGAUGCACUUAGUUUGAGCCAAGAGCUCUCUCUGGCGUACUGGCAAACAACACGUUUUGUAAGGUGCAACCAAGUAUGGUGCAAUGUACAGGUCAUUUGCUGGUCUCCCAUGUUUUGUUGCAGUUAACCCUGCAUGCUAUAGGUGUACAAAUAGAUGUGGCUCUGAAGAGGGAGGCAAGUAAUGCUUUCAGCUGUUAAUGCUUUUGCUGCAGCUGGAUGGAAAAAAGAUGUAAAUAAAGCUGUAGAUGGUGUAACA